UGGCAGGAUGUUUACAACUGGCUCAAGAUGGGUAAGGGUGUAAGUAAUUCCUCAUUUAAAUUGUUUCAGGUGCUAGUGUAUACAGAUGGAGUUUCAAAACAUAUAUUAUUAAUGACAAACACUGUUAUUGCAAUAGGAAAAUACCACAUUCUUGAAAGUAAGUAGAACAACAACAAACCCUCUAUAAAUUGUUUUAAAAAUGAAUGUAAAAAUAUGUCUAAACGCUAAAGUACCUGUCCAAAGAUAGCAAACCUCUUGGUGUUCUGUUUAAAACUAUGUGUAAGUCUCUUUCAUUUUAAAAGGGCAAAUUAUUUAUAUGUUUAUAUAUAGACAUAUCUUCUAUUGGUUUAUUUCCUUGCAACCCCCUUUUCUUUUUUGUUUCUUUUCUAGCUUACUUUUUUAUUUACAUGCAUAACUGUGUUCCCCAUUUGAGGUUGUAAAUUGUAACCUUUCAAUUAAAAAAUGACUCAACCUUCAGACAUAUUUUGUUUUUGGUGACGGUGAUCCGUGUUUUCUCCCUCUUUGUAGCCACGCCUCCUUUGGUUCUCGUCGCUCGUGUGGCCACGCCUCCUCUGUGUUGUCUCCACCCUCUUAAGUUCAUAAAAGAGCCGAGUAGCAUCCCGUCCGCGGAAUUAGGGCAGCGCUGGUUUCUGAAUGGACGACACACAGCGGGGCCGCCGCGGUCCCGUCGGUCCGGUUCUCCUGUGCUGCAGUUCCAGCGCUCUGUGUUAGUUCAGGUUCCUCGGGACGCGGAAAAGUACCACGAGAUAGGGGUCGGAGAUGAGUCAACACGCAACAGACAACGGGGAUCCGGUGCAGGAGUGUGUGUCCUCCCCGCCGCUGCCUCCGGAUCAUGUGCUCGACUCUGGAGCCGUGUUAUUCCCUGGUGCAUUUGAUCAACAUGGCUGCCCUUUGAUCGUGUUCCCAGCUGACGGACAAGCCAGACUCUCCUCCAUUUUAAGCCAAACACAAGUGGUGGACUUCAUCACGUACUUCCUUCGCCUGCACAAUAAGAAGCAGGAGAAGCCGAGCUUGGCGUCAGCGGUGGCCGAUUUGAGACAAGCCUCACUUCCCACGACCCGGUUCAUCGCUGAGACUCUGCUUCUGCUUGAGCAGCAUCAGAGGACGCUCCACAGUGUUUACAUAAUCCAGCCCAAAAAGAAAGAUGCUGCCAAGCUGCUGGGGAAACUACUGGCUCCAUCGAAGCUGCACUCGGCCACUUUCAAGAGAGUCCUUCUGAAGGAAGUCUCUGAGCUGUCUGCGUACAUCGACCGGAGCCAGCUAACGCCGUCGCUGGGCGGCUACUUCGUCUACUGUCAUCAGAGCUGGGUGGCCUUCAUUAAGGAGAUCGAGACGUUUGUCCAGGAGUUCCUCUCUGUGGUUCAGCAGCUGCCCUCCUGCAUCUCCAUGUUGCAGGCUCUGUCCAGUCUGCCGGUGCCCACCACCUUCAGUGAACUCAAGCACUUCUGCUUCACCAACGAGGCCAGGUUUCAGCAGCUCAGGAGGAAGCUGGGGCUGGAUGAGCUGCUCAGGCACUGUGAGAGCGUGGUAGAGAAGCUGCGUCACCCUGAGCUGGAGCCAUGUUACCAGGCGAUGGCUGGCACGGCCCUCUUCACCCACACAGCCUUUGACAUGCUGCAGAACUACAGCAGGAUCACUGCAGCCAUGGAGAAGGUGGAGCUGUUGUGGCAGCAGGCUUUUUCCAAGGCUCGGCUGCAGCUGCAGGUGUUCCAGCUGCGGGACCGCGCGCUCCAGAUCACCGAGCAGAUUGAAGCGCUCCUCCAGGAGAAGCUCCAGCCUUAUAAACCUGAGCUAGCAAGGGAUGCUGGCAGGGCGGCGUCGCUGCUGUUCCAGUUUGAGGAGUCCAUUCACACUCCUGCCAUGGCACUUGUCCGCUGCGCUGAAGACGUGAUCCACACGUUGGCAGAGAUCCUGGACGGCCAGAGCGGAGAGCACUGGGUGCUGGACCUUGACAGACUGAAGGAGAAGCUCUACCUCGCCGUGCACUUCAUUCUCCAAACCCUCAGGACCGUCUAUAACUACCACCAGUACUACAACAAGGCCAGCAAAUGGUACACUCUGGUUCUCUGUGAGAACCUCCUUCAGGAGCUGCUGUCGGGUGUGGACACAGCCAGUGUUCCCAUACAGAGAAGGAACUGGGAGACCAUCCCAGCAUGGAGGCGCAAACUCUACACGUUCCUGAAGAAGAACCCUCCUCCCAGUAUGGAGGAGCUGCUUCAUUUGGAUCGUCUGUCGAGCGUCAUCCCAGAUAAUGAAAUCCAGGAGACGGGCAAGCAGAUGUCUCAGCGAUGUGUAAUGUUGAGGAAACUUCUUAUUUCUUCGGGCCCUGUCUCACUUGGUCACCUGCAGCUGGCCUUGCAUUGGCAGUAUGAGUUGCUGCAGAGCUGCCAUGUAACCCAGACCUCUGCUAACAGUGCUGCUGUUCAUGCUCCAGACAGGCCGUCAGAGUUGAGCCUCCGAUCUGAAGCGGCUCCUUCGUCUCCGUUGUCCUCUGACGGUAAACCUUUAUCCCCCAGGCCCUCAGGCUCUGAUGGAGCAGGAAGCAGCCAUUUGGAGGCCCAGGCAGGCAACGAAGGAGUAGCUGGCAUCAGGUCUGCUGGUAGCCAGCCUCAAGUCCACAGCGAGGACGUCCCAGCUGUUUCGGAUAUGUUUGACUUUGGCUCAGUGCAGCAUCCUUCUGGAGCCAGCAUCCAAAUCAUCCCUAAAGUCACUGUGGACUCCCUUAACUUUGAGAUCAAAGUGCAGCGUGUUGCUGCACCACCCAGUAAUCCCUGGCUUAGUUUACCAGUAGAUGAUCUGGAGAAUUCCUACACUGUCACCAUCACACCCAACCCAACACCACAGAAGAGGAAUCCACAGCGUCCUGAUCCCUCAGGUCCUUUCUCUGAUGCCGACACCUCUCCCACACUGGGAGAUCAGAAUGGUCCUAGAGAGACAGAGGUGCUGAGCUCCACGCCGACCAAAGGGCAGGAGAGCGAGGACUGGGUAUUACACUCACCAAACGCUCUGGAGGAUUCUGUACUCAGCCCCCUCAGCGACAUGCUCUCUAGCACUGCUACAGAUGAAAGGGACGAGUCCGUCAGCACCACCCAGGGGGUUCCUACUCUGCUCUGGGAUUCAUAUGACCUUCACCAGGAGGCCGUCGAUGGCACCCUGGAUCUGUCUCUGAAGGACUGGGAUGUGAAGGAGCAGGAGGGUCUGAGGGAAGUAGAGAAGAUUCUGGAGAGGGCGGAUAAAAUACUGCAGGAGGAGGAAAGUGUCCUGGCCCAGGAGGCUGUGCUGGAUGACCUGCUGGGGUCAGAGGUCAGCUACAAUCACUGGCCAAUUUAUUACAGCGAGGACAACGCUGACGGGCUGUCGUGCAGUGCGUUGAGCGAAGCUGCUGAUCUUGGACUUGAUGACUCACUCAGUGAACACACAUCAGCUGGGUCUCUGACGAUAUCUGAAUCCGAGACAAUGGAGGCGGACUUGUUGAUAGAGCUGAGGAUUCAGGACCCCGGAUGCUCCCAAGAAAAACCCAACAACAAACUCGCAAGGAGUGAAUCUUUGACAGAGGAAGGAAGGGAGAUGACGGGGAUGGAGCAGUGUGUGGACGCAGAGAAAGCUCCUGAGGAGAGAGAUGAAAAGGGGGAAACAUGCUCUUUAGUGGCGACGGGCGGAGCAGAGAAUCAGGACAGAGUAUGCUGUGGUCUGUUAGAGCCGUCUGACAAGAGCUCAUCUUCAGUCAGUGAUGACGAUGACUGUACAACUGAACAUAUUCCAGCAGAACUGGGUCCUGAAGAGGAUCGGCCAAAUGAAGGUGUGCCCGUUAGUCAAGGUCCUACUUGCAGCAACCAACCGCAGCAAUGCAUCUGUGAAGAAGAAUUAUGUGGAUGUUAUGAAGCUGCCCCUGUAUUCAAACCAGAAGCACAAACAGCCGUUGAAACGAGACCGAGCACUGGCGCCUUUGACCCAGGGGGAGAAUCCAGACCCAGAAAAGCCUCACAUCCUCUGGACAGCUCUGCAGAAAGUCAGUCCUUUUGUCCCGAGCUGCUGCAUCAAAGUCUGCAAACCCACAUCCCGAGCAACUGUGAACAACUUCAUUUCCAAGAUGAAGCACUUGAUUCCCUGCCAGAGAAUGUGACCACAGCCCUGACUCCCACCCCUGCUUUCAAUCCUAAUGUAAUGGAGCAAAGUAACAACAAUAACAAUAACAACAACCUCCCAGAGAAACACGGGCCUUUGCCAGACAGGUCGUCUGCCGUGGCCACGGAUGCAGACGAGACAAGCUCGCCUUUUACAGGAUUAAUGCCAACAGUGGAAAUUCAGACCUCGGUGCCUGCUGGCCAGCAUCUGGAGUUUGACCCCGGUGGAAAAGCGCCAAGCAAAGACCUUUCUGAUGCUGAUCAGACCUUUAAAGCCAUGAGGGUUCCAGAACCUGGAUCACCUGGGAUUCAUACCCAGCUGGACAGCAGCGUGACCCAGGUGUCAUAUUUUAAAACCCCCAUAGUCCUGGACACUGGCUCUGGCUUGAUGAAAGCUGGAUUUGCAGAUCAGGACCUUCCAAGUGUUUUAUUUCCAACAAUCAUAGGAAUGCCAAAAUAUGAGGAAGUAAUGAACGGUGACAUGGAAAAGGAGACCUACGUUGGACAUGAGGCUCAGCGCAUGAGAGGCGUCCUAAUUCUGAAGCACCCCAUCAAGAACGGCAUCAUUCGCAAUUGGGAGGACAUGGAGAAAAUCUGGCACCACACCUUCCAGCAGCUGCGUGUGGAUCCAGAGGAUCACCCCGUCCUGCUGACGGAGGCUGCCAUGAACCCCCUGGAGAACCGGCAGCGCAUGGUGGAGAUCAUGUUUGAGUGCUUCAGUGUCCCUUUCAGCUAUGUGGCCAUGCAGGCAGUGCUGGCACUUUACGCCUCAGGACGAUCCACUGGUGUGGUGUUUGACUCAGGAGACGGGGUGAGCCACAGCGUCCCUGUGUUCGAGGGCUACUGUCUGCCUCAUGCUGUGCAGCGCUUCCCGCUGGCUGGUGCAGAUGUUACGAUGCAGCUUAAAAAGCUUCUGCAGGAGCAGGGGGUCUGCAUGCGCACCACGGCAGAGAUGGAGAUCGUGAGGGAGAUGAAGGAGACGUGCUGCUGUGUGGCUCUCGACUAUGAGGCUGAACGGACUGGGGGGGGUCGCUCCUGCCCCGAGGUGUACUACACCAUGCCAGACGGGCAGGUAGUCACGCUCGGACCCGAGCGCUUCAGGGCCCCUGAGAUCCUGUUUAAACCAGAGCUGAUUGGACGGGACCAUCCCGGGAUGCACCAGAGCAUCUACAAGUCUAUCCUGGGCUCAGACAUCGACCUGCGCAGCUGCCUGCUUGGCAACAUUGUGCUUUCAGGGGGAAACACUCUGCUGCCCGGGUUGCCCGAGAGGCUCCAGGCUGAGAUCAGCAGCCUUCUACCAGCCAACACGGGGCGUCGGCAAAGCAUCGGCGUGACCAGCCCCGCAGACAGAGACUUCUCCGUGUGGAGCGGAGGAGCGGUGCUCGCCAACCUGUCCACGUUCAGCAGUGCCUGGAUCAGUCGGGGAGAGUAUGAAGAGUAUGGGCCGCAGAUCGUCUUCAGGAAGUGCUUCUGAGAGAACGGGCUCUAAUCUGCUCGUUGCACUCCAGAGACGACUAGAUUCCUUGCCACAGUUUUCACUCUCUCUCUCCCCUUUUUUUUUUUUUUUUUUUUUUUUUAUUAUUUAGAUAUUGUUCUAACAGUCAGUCUUGCUACUGGUUUUAGGUCUUGUUGUUCUGCUGUCUGUCAUCGUUCCUUUAACCGUCCGGUCUGUCGGAAUGCAUUUCAAAUUAAACCUAAGUGUGUAUGUUUGACCCAGGGACUAGAAUUGAAGCUGGCCUUUAAUUGAUGUCCGCUCCCUUUGUGUUCAGGGUCGAUGUGAUGCUGAGCGCAAAUGGCUAGAGUUAAUUUAAUAUGAAAUAGGUCUAAAACUAUGUUUUUAUGUUGGAAUGUGGACCAGUACAGCUGUUACAGGAAUGCUUGUGAAAUUAUAGCAGCAUUAACUGGUACAAACCCAGGAGAAAGGUCAUUGUUUUGUUCACUUUUGUCAUAGUAAUAACUCAGUCUUUUUGGAUUCUGGAGGAGGAGUCUUUGUUUGUAUUCCAGGUAGACAUGAGCUGGUGCGUUUCCUGUUGGAACUGCACCAAAGCUUAAUGUGUCUUUUAGUAUCACAGGUCUGAUGUCCCUCCCUUGCCCUGGUUGAAGUGACCUGUGAAGUACUGGUCUUGUUUAGGGAAAGCUUUGCACAGUGUGGUUUUGAGAAUGGUGACAGCUGCAUUUAUACUGCAGAUACACAAGUCAAGCUUGUGUUUGUUCUUUGUCUACCUCCUUGUUUUGUUGCAUGUAACUUUGCUGCAUGUUUUGUUUUCUGUACUUUGGUAUUUUUUGCUGGGGGGGGCGUUCGGACAGAAACGGAUGGUUUGGAAGGUGCUGUCAUUCUGCCAGUAAUACAGAACAGAGACUCUCCUCUAAAUGUCUGCACUGACUCUAAUGUUAUUAUAUAUAUUUGUCCUGUGAUUCUGUGUAUGAGUUUUUAUAAUAAAUAUUUAAUCCUCAGCCUAAGAAGGAAGUAACUGG